AACUCCCCCAACUCCCUUGAGGACUAACACCCUGGAAAAAAAUUCUUUCCGCGAAAAACCUUUCCCACUCCAAAUCCUACUACUUACCUGAGAAUUUUUGCAGCUAAAGAUUGUCGACCGUUAUAGUUAUUAGGGCAAGUAAUAGUCUAAUGGCGAAGAUACCAAUACCACCACCAAUAACUUUAGGUUGUGAACCAGCAGUUGGUUCAUUAACCCUAACUUCGUCCAAAAAGAGAGAUUACAGAGUUACCAAUAGACUUCAAGAGGGGAAACGUCCAAUCUAUGCAGUCGUCUUUAACUUUGUUGAUUCUCGUUACUUCAAUGUCUUUGGUACCGUUGGUCAAAAUCGGAUAAAUGUUUACCAAUGCCUUGAAGGAGGAGUGAUUGCUGUUCUACAGUCUUAUGUUGAUGAAGAUAAGGAAGAGUCAUUCUAUACUUUGAGUUGGGCCUGUAAUAUUGAUGGGAAUCCGUUGUUAGUUGCUGGUGGACUCAAUGGUAUUAUACGUGUUACCGAUGCUGGUAGUGAAAAAAUACAUAAGAGUUUUGUUGGUCAUGGAGACUCCAUAAACGAGAUCAGGACGCAAGCUUUGAAACCUUCACUUGUGGUGUCUGCUAGUAAAGAUGAAUCUGUACGGCUUUGGAAUGUACAUACUGGGAUUUGCAUUUUGAUUUUCGCUGGAGCUGGUGGUCAUCGUAACGAAGUUUUGAGUGUGGAUUUCCAUCCUUCGGACAUAUACCGCAUUGCAAGUUGUGGCAUGGAUAACACCGUUAAGAUAUGGUCAAUGAAAGAAUUCUGGACAUAUGUUGAGAAGUCAUUUACAUGGACAGACCUUCCAUCAAAGUUUCCCACGAAGUAUGUGCAAUUCCCAGUAUUUAUGGCUUCAAUCCAUACCAACUAUGUUGACUGCACUAGAUGGCUUGGUGAUUUUGUCUUAUCGAAGAGUGUUGACAAUGAAAUUGUCUUGUGGGAGCCAAAAUUGAAGGAGCAAAGCCCUGGAGAGGGUACAGUUGACAUUCUUCAAAAGUAUCCUGCUCCAGAGUGUGAUAUAUGGUUUAUCAAGUUUUCUUGCGACUUUCAUUACAAUACAAUUGCUAUAGGAAAUAGGGAAGGGAAAAUCUUCGUUUGGGAGCUCCAAUCUAGCCCACCUGUUCUCAUAGCCAGGUUAUCUCAUCCUCAAAGCAAGGUUGCAAUCAGGCAAACUGCUACGUCGUUCGAUGGAAGCAUUAUCCUUGGGUGCUGUGAGGAUGGAACAAUAUGGCGAUGGGAUGCAAAUCAGCCACAAGAACAGCAGUAGAUGCCAACAGCACAUUACUGAAAAUUCUAGAAGUUCCAUGCACAUGCCGGGAAAGAGAGAUAUCUAUGGAUUUGAAAUCAGACUUCCUGGCCUGGGAUUCAUAGGUUUUGCAUCCGCAUGUCAGUUGAUUUAUCUCGUGUUAUUCGCAUAUAUAUCUGUAGACAGGGUACAUGUAAAUUAAGCUAAUUUGUUCUGUAUUCUCAAAAUGUAAUUCCAUUACAGUUGCUUCUCUGUUGUUUUAACUUGCUGCUAUCCAAUCGAAACUUGAAACCA